UAAAAUUGCGACGUUGGAUGACAGAAAUUUUACUGGACGUUACUACAGAAAUGAUGGAGGAGGUUGCAUCAGAAGUGUUGAAUCGUGCUCGUAUGAAAGCUCCGGCAGUUCAGGUGAAGAAGAGCUCAGCCCUUGCCUCUUUGUCGGGCGGAAUUGGGCUAGGCAUCUACAGCGAUAGUGAAAGCGAUGGAGAUGGAUCUGGUGGUGAGGGAGGCGGCAUGCAUGGUGAAACUGACAGUGACGAGGAACUGAGGCAGACUAUCAGGCGUAAGCGACGGGACUUCCAAGCCACGGAGAGGAUGAUCCUUCAGAGACUCCAUGCUGAGGAGAUGGCAGAGAGAAGCCGGAAACACAAUGUCCAACAUGAGUCCCACUCUGAGGAUGACUCCAAGGUGGAUGGGGGGUUGAUGCAAGUCUCCGGGGAGGAUAGGAGGAGACGGGCAAGCAAAGACAGGGAGGGAGACAAGCAUGGGGAGGAGACAAAACCAGAGGAGGACUCAGAUGAAGACAAGAAUCCACCUGCAGCUGUGGGAAACAUAAAACCAAUGAAAUUUGUACCGCCCCAAGACCCAGAGGUAGACUCAACUCAGCCUGACAAUGGUACUCCCAGUGGCUCUGUUAAAGGAGAUGAUGACUCUAAAGACUCAGGUCAAAGCUUAGAUUCAGAACAAGAUUCAAAAUCUUCCAUUAGUGAUCAUUCCCGCUCUAGUGAGGGGAAGAAAAAGAAGAGGCGGAAGUCUAAGAAAGAUAAAAAGAAGAGCUCUAAGAGGUCGCAUAGAAGUGAGGAAAGGGAGGGGAGGAAGAGGAGUCGGUCAGGAAGUAGGGAUAGGGAAGAAAGAAGGGAGCACAAAAAGAAGAAGAAACGGAAAGAGAUCAGCCGUAGUCGAAGUAGGAGCUCUGAGGAAUAUAGUAGGUACAAAAGUAGGAGUAAGAGUAGGGAUAGCUACAGGAGGAGGAGGGAUGGGAGUCACAGCCCAAGUGAGGAGAGAGGAUCCUGGAGAAGAUAUAGCAGAGAUAGAUCUAGAUCUAAGGGUAGGGAUAGAUCAAGGGGAAGAAAUAGAGAGAGAUCAAGAGAUAGACAUAGAAGUAGAUCUAGAGGUAGGAAGGGCAGUCGAUCUAGGGAUAGGAAACGAGGUAGAGACAGAAGUAAUGACAGCAGGUCAGGAUACCGUCACAGCAGUAGGUCUCGGGGGAGGGACCAUCGUAGAAGUUUUAGAGAUGGUAGUGAGGAUAGCAGAGUGGGCAGAAGUAGCAGACGACGUUCUCACUCGUGCAGCCGUAGCAGAAGUCGUAGCAGGGACUAUGGACGCAAGAAGGACCGGUAUAUUUCUAGGUCACGUUCUACAUCAAGAACACCCAAGAGAUCGAAGAAGCGUCGCCGCUCACGGUCAUGUAGUUCCUCUGUGUCACUCCCCAAGAAAUGGAAAAGAAGAUCCCGGUCGUCAUCGUAGGCAAGUGAAGGUCCUAGCGUGAGUGCUGUGGUAAGACAACACCAAGGUAAGUUGUCACUGUUCUGUAUAGUGUCUGUGGACUUCUGGUUUCAGGUCAUCGAACAUUUCGCAGCUCCAGGGAAUGUACUCUCUCAAAUUCUUACAGAGAAAGCUAACAGUUUGAGAGACAGAAAGCAGAAAGUUUCGGUUUGUUUGGUUUUCAUCCAAGUCUUUGAUAAUGGUGGGGAAUAAGAUGGAGGAAUGUCAUAUUGAUAAUUUUUUCACUGAGGCACUACAUUUGUAAUUCAUUCCAUAUCAAUUAGGUCUAGUCUGUCAUGAAUAUCUCUGAAAAGGAGGCAACAGAUAUUCUUUAUGUUUUAUUUUCUUUUUCAGCACCUGCCUUGCACAGCCCAUCGUUUGGAGUUGCAUCCCCUGUCAUUUUUGACACUAGUAUAUCCAAAGAUAGGUCAAUUUUGUGUAUAGUGCUAAUAUUGCAAUUAGCCAUGUAAUUUAUUGUGAUAAUUCUGGUCUUGUACUGGAAGCCUGAGAGAGGCAUUGCUGUCAUUUCAAUACAAGUCUCUUAUUUCAGGAAAGAAAAGAUGUAUACUCAUUGAACUUGAUUAAAGACCUUAUGAGAACAGUAAUUUUUGUAGGUUCACAUUAAUGACAUGUAUUGUUCUCAUAUCACUGUCUAGUUCAAGUUCAUGAGCUUUGUCUCCUUUUACUUUUCAGGUUCUGUUUUUUAAAAGCUUGCUCAUGUAGUCUAGAAUAAAUGUCAUAAAUUAC